AUGAAGGAGAUCCGAGGUUCGAGGGCGAGGGGAGACUGGCCCUGGCAGAGGGUGCUGAGGCAUGCGAGGAGACUCUUGUGGGUGCUUGAUAGGAGCAUCGAGUUCCCGGACUUCUUGAGGCAUGUGGGCUGGCUCUUAACACGUCUCGGCACGAAGUCGUUGCUUCUGCCACCUGCCCGGCAGAGCAUGCAGCAUCAUGUCCCAGUGGUGCAGCUGACAUCUCUCCAGCUGCACCGUGCCUUGCACAAUUGCCUCACAGCGCUGGGAAGAGCUCAGGCUCAAUACUUUCCGAGCGGAGGCACGCUGAUUGGGAUCCUUCGCGAGGGUGAGCUUCAUGGCAAGCAGAGCCCUGGAAGGGUACAUGUCCUGGACAAAGACUUGGAGUGGUUCGUCCGCGCUGACACGCCAGAAAGGGCCUUGCUUCUGCCCUGGGCAAUCUUUCGCCGCCAAGAAUGUGCUACCACUGAGAAGAUGUCGCGUGCGCAAGCGAAGCGUUCCUUGUCCUCGACGGCCCGUUGGGUUUCUCGCCGAACUCUACGGUAA